AUGUGUUACUCUCUCUCGUUGCAAUCUUCAAUAGACUUCCCUAAUCGGCACGCCCUGAAAUUCCAUGGAGGUCGACCCAUUUUGACUUCGAACUUAUCUACACUGGGGUUUCAGUCAUUUCCGGAGCGAGGUCGCCGGAGAAAUGUGUUCCUCCGCCGCGAGAGAGGCGUAAUAGACUCGUUGAGAUUCGGCAGGCACACUGCCGUGGAUCUAUGUGGCGAUCCGCGCCAUCGAUCAAGAGUGUCUUGCAGCGAUGGUCGCCGUACGCCGGAAGCUCGGCACGACGCGGAAGAUACGGCAGCGACGGUGGAAGUGACGGAGCAGUCUGAUUUUUCGGAAUUUAUCACGUCGGAGAGGGUGAAAGUGGUCGCGAUGCUCGCUCUUGCCCUGGCGCUAUGCAAUGCGGAUCGUGUUGUGAUGUCCGUCGCGAUUGUGCCUCUUUCGCUUUCCCGCGGGUGGAGCAAGUCGUUUUCCGGUAUCGUUCAGUCAUCGUUCCUAUGGGGAUACCUAAUUUCACCGAUAGCUGGCGGAACUUUGGUGGACCGCUAUGGCGGUAAGGUAGUCAUGGCGUGGGGAGUAGCUUUGUGGUCGUUGGCUACAUUCCUUACCCCUUGGGCUGCUGAUACCAAUUUGUGGGCUCUUCUUGCUGCAAGAGCUAUGGUUGGUGUUGCUGAAGGAGUGGCUCUUCCUUGCAUGAACAACAUGGUUGCGAGAUGGUUUCCUCCAACAGAACGUUCUAGGGCUGUUGGUAUUGCAAUGGCAGGAUUUCAGCUUGGGAAUGUUGUAGGACUCAUGUUGUCUCCUAUUCUGAUGUCUCAAGGUGGUAUAUAUGGUCCGUUUGUGAUUUUCGGGUUAUCGGGGUUCCUCUGGAUGCUCGUUUGGCUAUCUGCUACAUCGAGUACGCCAGAUCAACAUCCUCAGAUUACAAAGUUUGAACUCGAGUACAUUAUGCACAAGCAGCAAACGUCUAGUAGGGAGAAGAGACGAAACAACACAAGCGUGAUCCCUCCGUUUAGACGCCUUCUGUCCAAGAUGCCGACUUGGGCUGUUAUAGUUGCUAAUUCCAUGCAUAGUUGGGGGUUUUUUGUGCUUCUUUCAUGGAUGCCGAUCUACUUCAAUUCAGUAUAUCAUGUGAACCUCAAACAAGCUGCUUGGUUUAGUGCCGUUCCAUGGAGUAUGAUGGCUUUCACAGGAUACAUUGCUGGUUUUUGGUCCGACUUGUUGAUACGGCGUGGUACAAGCAUCACCUUAACGCGAAAAAUCAUGCAGUCCAUUGGCUUCAUUGGUCCGGGGAUUGCUCUCAUUGGUCUAACCACAGCAAAAAGACCUUUAGUAGCAUCUGCCUGGCUAAGUUUAGCCGUUGGGCUUAAAUCAUUCAGCCACUUGGGGUUCCUUAUCAAUCUCCAGGAAAUUGCUCCAGAAUAUUCCGGUGUUCUACAUGGAAUGUGUCUUACUGCUGGGACUUUGGCUGCUAUAGUUGGUACAGUUGGAACUGGUUUCUUUGUAGAACUAUUGGGCUCCUUCCAAGGAUUCAUCCUCCUUACGGCAGUUUUAUAUCUCCUCUCUGCUCUUUUUUACAACAUAUAUUCAACUGGAGAAAGAGUCGAUUUUGACACUACAGCUUGA